CUCGCCCGCCUCCGCCUGCUGUCCGGAGCGCGCCGGGAGGUGUCGGGCCGCAUUCCCCGCCCCGCCCCGCGCCGCCGCCCCGGGUCGGGCGGGAGUCUCGCCGUGGUCCCGGUCGGGGCCGGGAGCUCCGCGCGCUCCCGCGGUACCCGGCGGGCGGCGGCGCGGUGCAUGCCGGGCCCGGGGCGGACCGUCCCCGCGCUGCGCCAGGAGCCGCGAGCCGCGCCCGCCGCCAUGUUCCGCCGGGCCGCCGCCGCCCGGCGCCUGUAGCCGCCCCCGCCCGCCCCGCCGCGCCCCACCAGCCGCCGGCGGAGGGGCGGACGAAGGCGCUGCCGCGCCCAGCAGCCGCCGCCGGAGCCCGGCAGCGCUCAGCGAUGUCCGCCAAGGAAGGGAGCAAGGUGCUGCUGCUGACGCCCCACGCCACCAGCGAACGCGCCGUCAAGGCUGUCCCUUUCCCACCAACGCAUCGCUUGACAUCUGAAGAAGUGUUUGACACAGAUGGAAGACCAAGGGUUGACAUUUUGAAGAACCAUUUGAUAAAGGAAGGUCGAGUGGAUGAAGAAAUUGCACUUAGAAUCAUCAAUGAGGGUGCUGCAAUAUUACGGAGGGAAAAAACUAUGAUAGAAGUUGAAGCUCCAAUUACAGUGUGUGGUGAUAUUCAUGGCCAGUUCUUUGAUCUAAUGAAGCUGUUUGAAGUGGGAGGAUCACCUGCUAACACAAGAUACCUCUUCCUCGGUGACUAUGUAGACAGAGGUUAUUUUAGUAUAGAGUGCGUGCUGUACUUAUGGGUCCUGAAAAUUCUUUACCCAAGCACAUUGUUUCUUUUGAGAGGCAACCAUGAAUGCAGACACCUAACAGAGUAUUUUACCUUUAAGCAAGAAUGUAAAAUAAAGUACUCUGAAAGAGUCUAUGAUGCUUGUAUGGAAGCUUUUGAUUGUCUCCCUCUUGCUGCUCUCUUAAAUCAACAGUUUCUUUGUGUUCAUGGUGGACUUUCACCAGAAAUUAAUACACUAGAUGACAUUAGGAGAUUAGAUAGAUUCAAAGAGCCUCCAGCUUUUGGACCAAUGUGUGACUUGUUGUGGUCAGAUCCUUCAGAAGAUUUUGGAAAUGAAAAUUCACCAGAGCAUUUCAGUCAUAACACAGUCAGAGGAUGCUCCUACUUUUAUAGCUAUCCAGCAGUUUGUGAAUUUUUGCAAAAUAAUAAUUUGUUGUCAAUCAUUAGAGCACAUGAAGCACAAGAUGCAGGUUAUAGAAUGUACAGGAAAAGUCAAACUACAGGGUUCCCAUCUUUAAUAACAAUUUUUUCAGCACCUAAUUACCUGGAUGUCUACAAUAAUAAAGCUGCUGUAUUAAAAUAUGAAAACAAUGUCAUGAAUAUUCGUCAGUUCAAUUGUUCUCCUCAUCCUUACUGGCUACCAAAUUUUAUGGAUGUUUUCACAUGGUCUUUGCCAUUUGUUGGAGAGAAAGUUACAGAAAUGUUGGUGAAUGUUUUGAGCAUUUGCUCUGAUGAUGAGCUGAUGACAGAGGGAGAAGAUCAAUUUGACGUAGGUACAGCUGCCGCAAGGAAGGAAAUAAUCAGAAAUAAAAUUCGUGCAAUUGGCAAGAUGGCAAGAGUCUUCUCUGUUCUCAGGGAGGAGAGUGAAAGUGUGCUGACACUCAAGGGUUUGACUCCCACUGGAAUGUUACCUAGUGGAGUGUUGGCUGGAGGACGACAGACCCUGCAAAGUGCCACUGUAGAGGCAAUUGAGGCUGAAAAAGCAAUACGAGGAUUCUCUCCGCAACAUAGAAUCUGCAGUUUUGAAGAAGCAAAAGGUUUGGAUAGGAUCAAUGAGAGAAUGCCACCAAGAAAAGAUGCUCUUCAGCAAGAUGGUAUUAAUACUGUAAACACAGCAAAUGCCAAUGGAAACAAUGGAACUGGCAACAACAAUGCACAGUGACCACAUCAGCUUCUGGUUUACUCACUCAUGUCCUGCCUGAGAAUUCCUAGAUUAUUGCUUUUUGAUGUGACAACAAAUUAAAUAGGGGGAUCACUUGAAGUGACUACUUACACAAGGUGGAAAACCAUCUGACUUG